AUGUUUUAUCCUCAUUUCGAGGCGAGACUGCCUCAGAUCUACUACAAAUCGUUGAUCUUCAUAUUUGAGGAGGCAAUUGAGGAGGAUAUGGUGAACUAUAAUAAGAGGUUUCGCGAAAUAUAUGAAAUUCCUGAGGACGAGGAAGUAUUCAUUUAUAACUACAGGAGUUACAUGGAGUACUAUGAGCAGGAGCUCAAGGACAAAGACCUGUCGUAUGCAGCAAUAAGGAAAAUUAAUAAAUACGGCUGUAUUUAUAAAACUAAGUUCCCAGUCUACAGAGGACUUGGAAUAUUUGUGGGCGACCGAGUUAUGGAGCAUCACUAUUUAUACCACACACUGAUAAUAAUAUUUGUGACAAACGUAAGCGGUUAUUUAUUACGACGACACGGCUAUCAGUUGAUAGGUUUAGCGACGACAAUGUUUACACACUUCUCUUGCCUACUGAGUUCAUUUCAACUGUUUAAAAACAGGGCACUGCAAUUUACAUUUACCUCUUUGGUCAUUUUGGUGCCACAUUUGAUGGUAAUGUACCUAUCGGAUGCAAUUUACUUGGCUUUGGCAAUUGUGUUACUGUUUGGACUAAUCAUUGUAAGAUAUAUUUCAAAAAAGCCCUGGAAAAAUAAAGAAGAGAGUCCGCUAGAGAAUGGGUUCGUGUACUACGUUAACUUCGCAAAGGGAGCAUUGAUAGUGGCGAUAGUCAUAGGUACGAUUCGGUUGUUUGUUAAUGGAUUCGUCAGUGAUUCUGGGAAAACGUACUAUGAUGGGUUCAGCGCUGUAAGUGAUAGACAAAAGUAUAUUCAUGUAAACAAAUACAGACACACACUCACGAUGGAUAUUGGAGCAGGUUUCUUUGUAACUCAAACGGGUUCCUCAAUAGCAUUGAGCAGAAGGAAAAAGAACGUAUGGAUUAUACUUAAGAAGAACAUAAUUGUAAUGGCCAUCGCAAUCAUAAGAACGAUAUCAAUAGCACUCCUGGGAUACGGGGUUGACGAAAGAGAGUACGGAAAGCAUUGGAACUUCUUCUACACCCUGGCGAUAACACGCAUAGGUAUGCCAUUUAUAUGUAUAAUUGAUAACGAUGCCGUAGCUGUUGACCUUAUUAACACGUACUGUCACAAAUACAUCGUAAGGGCACUGCCAUUCGCAAUUGUAUUGGUAUAUGAGCUGAUACUAAUACUAACUGGCGCCGUAAAAAAACUGCCGGACUUACCGAGAUCAAAUGUCAUAUACGCCAACAGAGAAGGGCUGCUGAGUAUACCGAAUUCUGUCAGUGGAGCACUGUUCGUGCUGUUAAUAACGAAUAUAGCAGUGAGCUACUACAAAAAGGGAGAGAAGUUUCGCGCCUGUAGCAUGUCGUUCUUCUUUCUGGCAAAUAUAUUGUAUUUUGCAAAGCUCAAGUCGUGCAGAUCAUUGAAUAACAUGCGUUAUUUGUUUUAUGUUAUGUUCCUAUACAACUUUGCACUGGGAUCAAUGGUCAUGUUUGAAAUCUUAUACCCGAGGUAUAAGGAAAAUCAAGUUAUUGACUCGGUUGGAAAGUAUCCAUUGAUGAUAUACCUUAUAGCGAAUGUGUUGACAGGGUUCACUAACAUGAUUUUCAAGCCUUAUUUGUACCCAUUGCCGUAUUUCGUGCUUAUACUCGUGUCUACUCAAGGUCACACGAACCGAGGUUACACGGAUACUAAAUUUACACACGAACCGAGGUUACACGGAUACUAA